AGAGCAGCUGGACCCAGCCCCUCGGAGCUCAGACGGAGGCGGCCCACCCUCCACACCACUCCUCCAGCAGAGAGAGGGAAGACACCAGGCUGGGAGAGAGAGAGAGAGUGAGGGAAAGAGAGAGAGAGGAACAAAACAAGACACACUCAACCUGAGAGACGGGACCAUCCUGUGAUAGUCUAAACACGUCUGAGAACACACUGAAGUCUGCCGCCAGGAGCAUCAUGAAAGGGCUCGUGUUCCAGCAGACAGCCUUGCUCACAGCCAUACUUCUCUUCUGCCCCAACUUCCACUGCCUGGUGCUCACCCCUAGCGACAGCCAGGUUGUCGUAGCAGCCGGGUCCUCUCUCACUAUCAGCUGUUCUGGCUCAGGAUUGGCUACUUGGAGGUUUCGUCGCCAGGAGGAUGUUCCUCUUUUCCGGGUAGAACAGAGGAACAGUUCUGUGGUUCUGAUCCUGGAGAACGUGACAUGGGAACACACAGGGGUGUACGAGUGUUUGACACAGGCUGAGGAAACCGAGGAGGUGGCAGUGUUUGUUCCAGACCCUGAGGUGUGGUUCAUAGAGAACCCCCAUGGCAUGGUGACCAAGACCAGCGAACUGGGCAUCAUCCCAUGCCUGGUGACGGACCCCCGCAUCAACGUGACCCUGUACGAGAAGGACAGUGGAGCGGCCCUGCAGGGCCACUUCCUCCCCACGCAGGGCCUCCAGGCUGCCCUGGAGGACCGCACCUACGUGUGCCGAGGGGAGCUGGACGGCCAGGAGAAGGAGUCCCAGGCCUUCUACGUCUUCAGUAUCGUCGUCCCGGAGGCCAUAGACGCCUACAUUAAUGCGUCCAAGACGGUGUUGAAGAAGGGCGAGCCCCUCACCGUCAACUGCACCGUCCACGGAGUGGAGCUGGUCUUCUUCUCCUGGGAUCACCCCAGCAGGGAGGUGACCUCCAUCGAGCCCCUGACGGACGUGCUGUCGACCGUGAGCAUGCGCUCCUGCCUGUUCAUCCCCAGGGCCUCGCUGGCCCACGGCGGCCCCUACGUGUGUCACGUCCACGAGGGCGUGCAGGACCAGAGCGCCACGGCCACCGUCAACAUCACCGUCCUGGAACGAGGCUUUGUGGCAGCGCGCCCCGCUCAGGAGCACAACGUCUCAGCCCGGUGGCACGAGAACGUGGAGCUGCGGGUGGAGAUCGAAGCCUACCCUCCGCCCCGCAUCCGCUGGAGCAAAGACGGCGCCGCCAUCACCGGAGACAACACCAUCGCCAUGCGCCAGGAGAACGAAACCAGGUACGUCACCGUGUUGACGCUAGUCAGGGUCAGGGUGGACCAGAAAGGCCUCUACACUCUCCUCGUCACCAACGACGAUGACACCAAGGAGGUGACCUUUGAUUUGGAGGUCAAAGUUCCGGCUCAGAUCUCAGACCUGUCAGACCACCACCUCCCUGAGAAGAAGCACGCGGUGACGUGCGUCGCCGAAGGAGUCCCCACCCCCUCCAUCCUCUGGUACAGCUGUGACAGCAUGCUCAAGUGCAGUAACCGGACCACUGCCUGGAAGCCCCUGGCGCCUGACCCAGACACACUGAGCGUUCAGACCAACACCUCCUUCAACGGGAGCCGUAAGGUGGGCCAGGUGCGCAGUCAGGUGAUCUUCCACAAGCCUCAGCAGUGGACCCUGCGCUGCGAGGCCCGCAACGAGGGCGGAGUCCGACGGAGAGACGUCAAACUGGUCUCUAACGCUCUAUUCUCCCAGGUGGCAGUGCUGGCGGCCGUCCUAGCCUUGGUGGCCAUCAUCAUCAUCUCCAUCAUCAUCCUCAUCGCGGUGUGGAGGAAGAAGCCCCGCUAUGAGAUCAGGUGGAAGGUUAUUGAGUCUGUGAGUGUGGACGGCCAUGAGUACAUCUACGUGGAUCCCAUCCACCUGCCUUACGACCACGGCUGGGAAAUGCCACGCGACAGCCUGGUGCUGGGUCGUACCCUAGGAUCAGGAGCGUUUGGACGUGUCGUCGAGGCGACCGCGUACGGCCUGAGUCACGCCCAGUCCAGCACAAAGGUUGCUGUGAAAAUGCUCAAAUCCACUGCCAGGAGGAGUGAGACCCAGGCUCUGAUGUCGGAGCUGAAAAUCAUGAGCCACCUUGGUCCUCACCUGAACAUCGUUAACCUGCUCGGGGCCUGCACCAAGCAGGGGCCCCUCUACCUGGUGACGGAGUACUGUCGCUACGGUGACCUGGUGGACUACCUGCACAGGAACAAGCACACCUUCCUGCAGUACUAUGCUGAGAAGAGCCAGGAGGACUCUGGGUGUCGGGAGUCUGGAGGGAGCACUCCAGUCAGCCAGAGGAAAGGCUACGUGUCGUUUGGCAGUGAGUGUGACGGGGGAUACAUGGACAUGAGCAAGGACGAGCCCACCGUGUACAUGCCCAUGCAGGAGCAGAAAGACAACAUCAAAUACGCUGACAUCCAGGCCUCUCCGUACGAGUCCCCCUACCAGCAGGACCUCUACCAGGAGCAAGGCCAGAGCAGAGUGGAUGCAGCCCUGGGCCUCAGUGAUUCAACCACCCUCAGCUUUGAGGACCUGCUGGGGAUCAGCUACCAGGUGGCCCAGGGGAUGGACUUCCUGGCCUCCAAGAACUGUGUGCACCGGGACCUGGCUGCCAGGAACGUGCUGAUCUGCGAGGGCAAGCUGGUGAAGAUCUGUGACUUUGGCCUGGCCAGGGACAUCAUGCACGACUCCAACUACAUCUCCAAGGGCAGCACCUUCCUGCCCCUGAAGUGGAUGGCCCCAGAGAGCAUCUUCCACAACCUUUACACCAGCCUGUCUGACGUCUGGUCCUACGGCAUCCUGCUCUGGGAGAUCUUCACCCUCGGGGGUACCCCCUACCCAGACAUCCCCAUGAACGAACAGUUCUACAGUGCUCUGAAGAGGGGCUACCGCAUGGCCAAGCCUGCCCACGCAUCAGAACAAGUUUACGAGGUAAUGAAGAAGUGCUGGGAGGAGAAGUUUGAGAAGAGGCCUGAGUUCUCCUUUCUGGUGCAGACCAUGGGGAACAUGCUGACAGACAGCUAUAAAAAGAAAUACUUCCAGGUCAACGACAGCUUUUUCAAGAGCGACCAUCCAGCAGUGGCACGGACCAAGACCAGGCCAUCCUCCCCCUUCCCCACCGCCCUCACCCCCACCUCCAUCGGGCCUGCCUCUAUCCCCGACCCCACCCUCUUCCCCAACCCCUAUCACAGCCCCAGCUUCUCCAGCCCAGAGGACAGCCUGGACCGGCCUCCUUCCUACAACGACUACAUCAUUCCCAUUCCUGAUCCUAAGCCUGAAGAAGCCAUCCCAGAUGCAGACUCAAGUUCUCUGUCCCUGGAGGAAGAGACAGACUCCAUUUCCCAGCAUACAUCAGACACGUUUCCAGAGGAUGAGAGGCUUGACGCCAACCAGGAAGAGGUACCGUUGAUGCCCUCUGGAACGCCAGAAGUAGAGGACAGCUUCCUGUAACCUUCCACACAGAGAUAGGAAAAUAGAUCCCAACUCUGGGAAAAUCCCUUCUGCAUUCCUGAAGAGCUGCUCAGAGAGGAGUUUCUAAGUUACUUUCAAUGUUUCUAAAUUACAGUUUGCACUUAACUCUGCACCUUUUAGUUGCAAAUCCGAUCAUGAAUUUCACAAUCACAAAUCAGUCAUUUCUUUGAAUGUGGAAUUAGGUGUGCAGGAACACUACAUGUAGGCCUAAUAGUUAUGAUACAUU